UCUACUUUAUGCAGCUGCAGGAUACAAAGGGGCGGGACUGAGGUAGACUCCUGUCUCAAACUUGUGCUAUGGCUGCAGCGGUGUGGACUGAUCGGGGACGGAGGGCUGUGACUGUAGUGGGGACAGCGACGAGAUCCAGUCACACAGCUUUAAAAUCCCAGUAUGACGCAGUGGUCAUCGGAGGAGGACACAAUGGACUGGUGGCAGCUGCAUAUCUUCAGAAGGGAGGACUGAAGACAGCAGUGCUGGAGCGCAGAUAUGUGCUGGGAGGAGCAGCUGUCUCAGAGGAACACUUCCCUGGUUUCCACUUCUCCAGGUGCUCCUAUGUGCUUAGUUUAUUAAGACCUCACAUACACACAGACUUGGAACUUAAGAAACAUGGGCUGAAGGUGUAUAUGAGGGACCCCAAUUCUUUCACCCCCAUGUUGGAGGAGGGGGUGGGAGGUGCCCCACCAAGGUCUCUCACCCUGGGCUCAGAUAUGGCCAUGAAUCAGAGGGAGAUGGGCAAGUUCUCACAGAAGGAUGCUAAGGUCUUCACUCUCACUUAUUCUGUGACUCUGGCAACUCUGGCUACUGAUGGUGUGGUAGGAGCCAUGACCAGUCCAAGUAAUCCUGGUAGUGGGUAUGUGCUCUUGCACCAUGUGAUGGGAGAGUUGGAGAAGGAGAAGGGAGCAUGGGGUUAUGUGGAGGGAGGCAUGGGAGGCAUGUCUCGCGCUAUUGCUAACUCUGCUCGAUCCUACGGUGUAGACAUUUUCACUGAGAAGGAUGUAGGACAGGUCCUGGUCGGUUCAGAAGGUGCUGCCAAGGGAGUGGUGCUAAAGGACGGCACAGAGAUCCACAGUAAAGUUGUUUUAUCAAACGCUAUGCUGUAGGUCACCUUCAAGAACCUCACGCCACAGGCUGCUCUUUCUCCAGAGUUCAUCAAAGCUGUAGAUCAGAUAGACUACACCUCCCCUGUCACCAAGAUCAACGUGGCAGUGGACAAGCUACCAAACUUCUUAGCAUCUCCCACACCAGAUAAUAAACCUGGACCCCACCAUCAGUGCUCCAUUCAUCUCAACUGUGAAAGCGUGGAGGUACUGGAGACUGCAUACAAAGAGGCCAUGAAUGGACGUCCCUCAGGUAGACCCAUGGUGGAGAUGCACAUUCCCUCUGUGUUGGAUCCUACUCUGGCUCCCCCUGGCUGCCACGUGGUGUCACUGUUCACCCAGUUCACCCCAUUCCACAUAGACUGCAAUGAUUGGACAGACCAGGACAGGGAAGCCUACGCAGACACAGCAUUUGACUGGGUGGAGCAAUACGCCCCUGGUUUUAAACAGUCGGUGGUGGGGAGGGACAUCCUGACUCCACCUGACCUGGAGAGGAUCUUUGGGCUCACUGGAGGGAAUGCUUUACCCUCGCUGUCAGACUACUGUUCACCAAUCAAAGGGCUGUAUAUGUGUGGCAGCAGCGCUCAUCCAGGUGGUGGUGUGAUGGGUUCUCCUGGCUGGAACGCAGCACUCACCGUCAUGGCUGACAUGAAACGUCGCUGAAAUGUGACAGCAUCAGCGUGUGGUCUGCUUGUCAGCGUGCAAUAUCUCUUUUGUCUCAGUCAGUCACUCCUGUUAUCAAACACUCGUGCAAUACUGCCACACUAAAUCCUAUUGCGACAUCACUUAUGAAGUCAUCGAACUGAGCCAGCAGAAAAUAACUGAUACCAGAACAUCAUUAAUGUUGAUGAC